AUGGCAAAAUCUUCUGGUGACAUUAAGAUUCAAAAGGUAGGUAUGGUGGGUCUUGGUCUCAUGGGUCAUGGUAUUGCACAGACCGCUGCUACUGCAGGCUUUGACGUUGUGGCGUUAGAUGCCAACUCAACGGGAUUGGAAAGUGGCAUGAAACGCAUUGAAACCUCGUUGAACAAGUUAUUAGGUCGUAGUAUAAAGAAGGGAACCAUGAAUCAGCAGCAGGCGGACGAAAAGGCCACUGCUACGCUGGCUCGGAUCACACCCACGACAAAAUUAGAUGACCUUGUGGACUGUGACCUCGUGAUUGAGGCGAUUGUAGAGAAUGUCGAAGUCAAGAAGGCGUUUUAUGCUAACCUUGGCAAGGUGGUCAAGCCUUCAGCCAUCUUGGCAUCCAACACAUCGUCGCUAGCCAUCUCGGACUUUGCUGGAUCCUCGGGACGCGCAUCGCAGGUCGUUGGCCUGCACUUUUUCAACCCCGUGCAACUGAUGAAGCUUGUGGAAGUCGUCCGCACGGACGCGACGGAUCCCGAAGUUUAUCAAGCUUGCACACAAUGGGUACAGGACAUUGGCAAGCAUCCGGUGAGCUGCAAAGAUACACCGGGCUUUAUUGUUAACCGACUGCUUGUGCCGUAUUUAGCCCAAGCUAUUGCCCUCUACGAGCGAGGAGAUGCCACUAAGGAGGAUAUUGAUGUAAGCAUGCAGCUUGGUGCUGGCCAUCCGAUGGGACCGAUCACACUGGCGGACUAUGUCGGCUUGGAUACGACGCUGUUCAUACUGGAAGGAUGGGUGCGUAAUCACCCAAACGAGCCUGCUUUCUUCGUGCCAAAUAUUGUCCGCAUGAAGGUGACAGAGGGCAAACUUGGCCGCAAGACUGGAGAGGGGUUCUACAAAUGGGACGGUGACAAGCGCUUGUAA